AUGGACGGCGAUAUUCCACCAGCCUUCUCAUCGACAAAAUUGCAGAAAAAUAUUCAUUUGGAACAGUUUGUAGAAGAAAAAUUCAACAGGAGGAAACUUUCCAAUGGUCUCAUAAACGAUCAUCGUAUUUCAAUGAAGGCUCCAAAAACAGAUUUUCACCCUUGUAUUGAGUGUGGUAAUGGGACCAACGGUUCCUCAAUAUGUGAUUCCUGCUCUGGAAACACGCCUUGCCGUUCAAUUAAUAUAUGCCCAAUGUGCUCAAUAGAAGUGCUUGAUUUAAGCACUGCAAAAAUGUGUUCCGCAUGUAAAAAAUAUGUUCAUCGAGAAUGCUCAAGAGAUUCUGAAUUAGAAGAUGUGGUCUGUGCCAAUUGUAUGGCAUCUCCUGUAUUAUCUAGUGAUGUUAUGUUAUCUGCUAAUGCUCCAAUGUCUCCUCUUUCUUCCGUUAAUGGGUCUGCUCCGUUGACAUCAGAUCUAGCUGCUCCGUCAUCGUUAAAUCCGUUUAGGGUGUCGCCUCCUGCAAUCGCUACUGCUACUACUAAUGAUUUCUCUGAAAUUUAUACAAUUCCUGAAGCAGUUUCUUCUCCUGCCACAACAAGUGACAGUGCUCGGAACUCUCCUUUCUAUCCUGAAAACUCUCCAUCUGAUAUAGAUGAAGACUUCGUGCCUGGAAGUACUAGAGGAGGGCAUGGUCGUGGUCGUGGAGGAAAAAAGAAACCUGGUCGUGGCCAAGGUUUAAUGAAAACGAGAUCAGGAGGCAAACCUCCUUCUGGUGUUUUCUCCGAUAAGCUUGGUCACACCACUAGAGGAAAACGUGGUAAAAGAGGAGCUAACAAAAUGACGAAUGGCAAAGGGACUGGUCGCGGUCGUGGUCGAGGACGAGGAUCAGCUGCGUCUUCAGCUAUAAUAAGCCAAAUCAUCAUGCAACAACAGCAACAGCAGCUGCAGCAACAUCCGAAUCCAUUUCAAGUUCCAUUGGUGCGAGAAAUCGAUGAAAGUAUGAUUGAUGAUAUGGAUAGGUCGGAAAGAAGUGAGGAUCCUGAGUAUGUACGCACCAUUGUCGUUUGCGAAGCAAAUGAUCAGUUUCUUCAUAAGUCAUCACUGUGUUUGGUAUGUGGUUCUAUCGGUAAAGGUAUCGAGAGCUCUAUGGUUGCUUGUUCAAACUGUGCUCAAACAUAUCACACUUACUGUGUGGGCCUACACGAUAAGCUGAACAAAGCUGUUGUUUCCCGUGGUUGGAGAUGUCUAGAUUGUACAGUCUGUGAGGGCUGUGGCGAAGGGAAAGAUGAGUCUAAACUACUGCUCUGUGAAGAGUGCGAUGUUUCUUAUCACAUAUACUGUUUGAAUCCACCGCUUGAAAGAAUACCGAACGGACCAUGGAGAUGUCAAUGGUGCGCUCGCUGUCGAAGAUGUAAUGUGAGAGUAUCUUCUGGAACAGAGCUAACUCGUGAAGGCUUGUGCACAGCUUGUCAUUCUUUACGUAAAUGUCCAAAAUGUUCGAAAUGCUACCAACUUGGGGAUAAAAUCAUUAGAUGUAGCGCGUGUUUAAGGUGGUAUCACGGAACAUGCGAGGAUCUCUUCGAUGACGAAAUGCUUGAAUCUGCAUCAUCAAAUAAAAUGAGAUGCUCAUCUUGUCGACCGAACGCUCGAAAUAUUUCAACUAUUAUGGGUAUAGAUUCUAACUUAACAAUUUGCGACGGCAUUGCUUUAAAUAAAUGUGCUGAUGAGAUCCUCCAGUCAAAGUUUAUGCCAAGUUGUUUUCGGCCUACUCCGGAAUUUAGUUAUAGAUCAGAUAGCUUUGAACUUUUUAAUAGCAUCGAUGACGAUGGUCCGAUGAAUGAUGAAAUGGAGCUGGUAGUACCAACUACAACUACAGGCCGAGGUCGUGGAAUGCGAGGUGGAGGUCCUGGAAGAAGAGUUCCCAAACUUGGUGUUGGAGGGUUCUUCGUUAAAAUUCCUAGACAUCGUGCUCUGACUACCGAAGAAGAAGUAUUUGACGAAGACGGCAAUAAAAAGCUGAAACGACCAAGAAAGCCGAGGAGAAGUCAGUUGGAGGAUGCUUAUCCACCCGCUAUUCAGGAAGGUUUCUUUGGUGCUCCAGCUGUAGAAGGAAAAAAUUUAUUGGAUGCUUUGGUUGAAGAACCUCGGUUAACUGGAGAACUAGCGAAAGGAAGUAGGCGUUCAGCGAGUGGAGGACAUGAAUUGUCUCAUGAAGCUACUGAGAUUUUGAAGAAUGAUCUUUCGGAGGUCCAUAUCCUUGAAAAUGUGGAUUUGGAAGUUAAUUUGGAAGAUAUGGAUUUAGCUAACUUCAACGAUUGGAUAGUCGACGAAGAGAAUGAUAAUGGAGAAUUCGAUGAUAGCUUGAAUGAUGCAAUGGAUUUUGUAAGAUCCGAAGGAUACGAUCCAAUUACUUCAAAUCCUAAUGCUGCUCAACCAACAACAUUCCCUACUGAGCCUCAAGCCAACAUGCCUCAAGCGCAGAAUCAACUGCCAUCUCAACCGAUUCAGCCCAUGCCUUCUUCCUUUGUCACUGCAGCUAAAGUUUCGAGAAGCAGUAGUCAAUUGGAUGGACAAGAAAAGAGUAACCCAACUAUUGAAAGAUGGGAAGAAGAUGAACCGUUAGGUAGCCAAGCUACGAAAGCUGCUGUUCUGUUUUCGAAUGAAAAACAUGGAUAUUUGAAGGAGCAAUAUCCUGAUUGGAACGAAAGAGUGAAACAUAUUCAACGGUUAUGGCGUACUCUUGACUCUGAAACUAGGCAAGUUUUUGUAAAUAAAGCUCGCGAAAACCGAGCAAACAGAGGAAAACAGCCGAGAGUACGAAAAAAUGCUGCUGCCGUGUCUGUCGAUAGUGCCUUGGGAGCUGGAGAGCGUUUCAAAGUGCCUAAUGCCCCAGGAGUACCCAUGACUGCUCCAAGCCCACAAAUGAGAUCGGACUUCUUUGGACCAGGCGCUGAACCUACACCUCCUCAGUCUCAAAUACGGGUCACCACUCAUUUGACACCAGCUAUUUCUGAACAAUAUGAUUUGAUCCAACGAAGAUCAGAAGAUUUGCGGAAACAACAAGAAAUCAUAGAAGGAGAAUUGAAUCGUAUGCGAAAGCAGAAGAAGAACUUAGCAGCUAAGAAAAGACAAAUGAUGAAGACUGCUCCUACAGACCCAGAAGGAAAACUUUCCUGCGACUUGAGCGAUGCAGACAAAGUUCAAUAUGAUAUGCUUCUUACUUCUAUCCCGAAUAGACAAAAGGAAUUGGAGCAAUGUAAAAAGGAAAUUAAGACUCAUUUGACAACCAUCACUGAGUUUGAACAGAAACAUGAUAUCUUGCGAACAAUGCCAGCGGAUCCUAAUGAGAUGAUGAGAUUACAACAAAUGAACAGAGGUGUUAAUGGUAAUCCAGAAAAUGGCCAACCCGGAGCACCCCUUCUUUCAACAGGUGGACCUGGUCUUCCUAUGAUGGCUUAUCAACAUAUGCGACCGCCGCAACAAGGUGAUUAUGGAAUUAUGCCUCCUGGUGGAUUGGGUUCUCAGCAGAAUCACUUGCGGCCUCCUCGAAUGUAUAGAUCGCCUCGCUUAGGGAACGUUAUGUAUGAACAGUUGCAAAAUCCGUUUGAGAAAGAGAUUUAUGAAGUUCUGGAUGAUAUGGUGAUCCGUGUAUGUAUGUCAGAAGAUAUGAAUCCGCAGAACCGUAUGGAAGCAUUCUCGAAUCGUCAACACAGUGGAAUGUUGAAACGACUGCUGGAAAACUCAGGUCAAAUGGGUCCUUUGGGAACUUCUCAUCUGGUCGAUGUCGAUCAACCACGGCAGAAAAAGAAAAGAACUCAACCGAAGAAGAUGGGCGUUGCGGGAAAUGAGUAUGAUCUCAUGGUAGAACGUGUACAAACUCAGCUAAGAUUGUGCGAACAUCUUCCACGGCAAGCUCUUGAACCAGCACCACGGAACCCAGGCGCUGCCUUCGCUACUAUUGGUAUUAGUGAUCUUCCAGAUAGACCAAAUAAAAAAGCUAUGAAUGGCUUCGAGAUAGGACAAAUGAGUUUGACGUUUGUGGAAGAUUUCUUCAGCAGUAGUGAACGUGGACUGAAAGGUACACUAGCUCCUCAACCAUCAAUGCUUGAUUUGACCUUGCUCCCACCCAUUCCACAUGCUGUAAAUGAGCUUUUGACUAAACUCAAUCAAGCGAAGCUCCCAGAACCUUUCGAGAUGUACGCAGACAAAGAGGAUGCUCAAUUUGGAUUGUUCGAUGCCAUCUCUGCUAUAACAGCAUCUACGGGUAGAUACUCAGCUCAUGAACACUUCCGCGUAACAUCCAAAGUGCCUGAUGUUCCAGCUCCUCUUGAGCCUCAUCGCUCUGUUUUCCAUCAAGACCGGCCCAAAGUGGAAGAUGUAGAAAUAUCUCUUAUCAUGAGAGUUAAUCCACAAGAUGGCGCAGAUAGUGUGUUCGAGCAUCUAAGACAAAUGCUUGGCUUCGAGAAUCCGAUCACCUAUGCUAUGGACACUCCUCCGAUGUCUCCUGAAAGAAGCGUGGAAGAAAAGAAACAUAUCAAAACAGAACCUGCGGAAAGUGUGACUGUAGGAAAAUGUCGGGCUUGUGAGGUCAAUAUGCAAAGUGCUAGUGUUCAUUCAACAUUGAGUAAGCUUGGUUUAACACCGAUUGAAGACGAAAAGGAUGAUAAUGUGAGCUUCUGUUCAACAAAAUGCUUUUAUCAGUUUGUUGCUGCUAGUAAGGUUGCACUUUCCCCUGAUCAGUUGACUCAGGCUGAAUCUCAUGUUGAUGAGGAAACGUUGGAGAAACUAAGACAAAUCAGUGCAGAAAGUUUUGCCAAAUGCAUAAAUCAAGGAAAAAUACAUCCCACAGUGCCAUCAGUAUUCCCAGAAGCUUUCACAUCCCCAAGAGAUACUAGAUAUGUUAUGGAUGAAGGAAAACGAGAUAACGUUCAGAUCAUACGUGUUUCUGAUUUGGGCGCUAUUGCUGAUCACCAUAAGAAGGAAGCAGGUCAUGGACCAUCGGAAGAUUGGAAGGUUUUCACGCAAGAUAUGCAUAGUUCAUUUGUUCGAAUUCAAACAGUCAAACAAGAACUCGCGCUAUCUCCAAAAAUGGGCGUCACGUUCGCACCUGUGGAUAUGGAUCGUCGUGUAUGCGUUUUGUGCGGUGGUAUUGGAGAUGGUGAACCAGUUCUCUGUGGAAGGUUGUUGAAUCUAGGAGCUGAUCUAUGGGUUCAUGUCAAUUGCGCUAUUUGGAGUUCAGAGGUUUAUGAAGCACCUAAUGGUGGAUUAUCUCAUGUUGACCGAGCUGUUGUCCGAGCAUCUGUUGUGAACUGUUGUUUAUGUGGACGGUAUGGAGCUAGCAUUCAAUGUAAUAAAGCUGAGUGUGGUGGACACUUCCAUUUACAUUGCGCUAAGAGAAUAGGUGGCAAAUUUGUGAAAGAUCGGACUUUCUACUGUCCAAGCCAUCAUGAGGUUACCCCCGAAGUUCUUGUGCAUCAGUUGGAAGUGUUGAGAAGAAUAUUCAUAGAAAGAGAUGAAACGGCUCUUUUGAGCAAAGUUGUUGAACUAUCAGAUGGACCCAAAAUGUGCAUGCGACUUGGUGCUUUAUCUUUCUUCAAUGUUGGUCAACUGUUGCCUGAUCAACUUAAAAGCUUCCACAACACCAACUUCAUAUAUCCAAAUGGAUAUAAGGCUUUCCGUUGGUUCUGGUCUCCUGUUGACGCUAAAGUGAGAGUACUGUUUGAAUGUACAAUUCAAGAGAAUGAGUUACGACCCUGGUUUGUUGUCACAGGCGAAAAUAUGAAAUUCGAAGGAUUCACACCAAUCGAAUCUUGGAAACCUGUUCUUUCUGAAGUAGAAAAGCUCAGAGCACAGUCGGAUGCUAUUCGCUUCUUCCCCAAUAUAAUUGAGGGAGAAACAAUGUUUGGAUUAACUGAAGGAGCUAUUUCAAAGAUAACUGAAUCGCUUCCUGGAGUUGAUUCUCUUUUCACCUAUACCUUCCGUCAUCCAAACGGCCCUCUGCUUGAUUUACCAUUGGCGGAAAAUCCAUCAGGCUGUGCUCGUUGCGAGCCUAGGUUUAGAACUCAUAUAAAGCACAAAACGAAAGUUAACUCAGCUGCGCCAAAUAUGCGACUUGCCGAAGGCAAAAGAGGGGAUAAGAAAUCAUCAACUCUCCACGAUGAGUUGGCUGCUGCUCAAAUGAAGUUGAUGUAUUCAGGCAAUGUAGGAUCGGAAUGGAAUGCUGUUCUUGGUGGAAGAAUGGAGUCUCUCAAUAGUUCAUCUCAAAGUUAUUCACAAUACCAAAAGAUGAGAAAAGAAUGGCGUCAAACUGUAUAUCUCGCAAGAUCUAAAAUUCAAGGGUUAGGCUUAUAUGCUAGAAAAGAUAUUGGAAUGGGUGAUAUGAUAAUCGAAUAUAAGGGUGAAGUAAUUCGAAGUGAAGUUGGAGAAAUGCGAGAAAAACGUUACGAUGCUCAGAACAGAGGAGUGUAUAUGUUCCGUAUUGAUGAAGAAUUACUUGUUGAUGCUACUAUGGCUGGUGGUCCUGCCAGAUAUAUUAACCAUUCAUGCGAUCCUAACUGUUCCACUCGAAUCCUCUCUGCUGGUCCCUCUGCCGAAGAUAAGAAGAUCAUCAUCACAGCCAAUCGUCCAAUCAAAUCAGAAGAAGAAUUAACGUAUGACUAUCAGUUUGAAUUGGAAGAUGCUGAAACAAAAUUGCCUUGCCUUUGUGGGGCUCCCAACUGUGUGAAGUGGAUGAAUUAA